UAUUGUACCUAUUCAAAGUUUAGUUUCACCAAAUGGUCUUCAAAGCAACUCAUCCAAAAUGCUGCUGCACAAACCCAAGUCUAUUGCCUCUUAAAGCCUAAAGAGUGCAUUGUAAUCAUGGUCCAGUGGCAAAGGCAUUUCUUGCCAGUUUUUCGUCAAAUUGCACACUCUGCUACCACCUCAUCUCCCCAAGGUAAGGGUCUGACGACGUUGACAGCAAGAACAGUACUAUUGCCCUCAAUUUCAAGUCGUAGCCCUGUUUAUCACUCUUUCCAAUACCAGGGAAUUUCAGGUUCUACCUGUUUGCUUUCUAAGUCAUCAAAUCUGGAACAAACACCAACUUCCUCCCCGUUAGCCUUAACUUCCUUUUUGGGUAGCAAAGAAGCUCAAGACCAGAAGCAGACACCUGUUAAGAAAGAAAGAGUUCAAGCAGUAAUGUCAAAAAUAAAGCAGAGUCCUAAGAAGGUCAACUUGGUUGCUGCUUUGGUUCGUGGUAUGCUGGUUAAAGAUGCAUUGCUGCAAUUGCAAGUGACAGUAAAGCGAGCUUCAAGAACUGUAUAUCAGGGUAUUACUCAAGCCCAAGGAAAUGCCGUAAAUAAUCAUGGAUUGGAUGCAGAGCGCCUCAUUGUUGCCGAAGCGUUUGUUGGAAAAGGAUUAUUCCGGAAGAAAGUUUCUUACCAUUCCAAAGGAAGAGCCGGCAUCAAAGUCAAACCGGAAUGCAAGCUAACAAUUGUAGUAAGAGAAAUAACCGCUGAAGAAGAGGCGAAGAUUGCGAGGUUGAAGGUUCACAAUUUCCGCAAGCUCACGAAGCGUGAGAAACGGCUUGUGCCGCAUCAGCUUAUUGUCUCCAAUCCUGUUUGGGGCCGCAAAAACAAAUCUAGCGAUCAAAACUCCAGUGCCACUGCUGCAUGAGCUUCUUAAAUAUUUCAGAGUUUCAAAAUAGUUGUUUAAUGGUUGUGGCAUAUUCUUGUUAUCCAUCUUCAUGUGAUAGAAAUAGUUGUUAAGAAAUAUCCUGGCUAGUUUCACAUCUGAGAGUAACUCCAAAUGUUAGGAUAUGUAUGGAGAAAUUUGUCUACCCCUUAAUUCUAAGGUGGUUACUCCAAUGAAGACAUUGUGAACUGUUAGAUAGCUUAAUAUAUUUGAUUGA